CAGCCUUUGAUGAGCUACACCUGAAAAGUAAGGAUGAGCUUGAUGAGCCGACCAUGAUACAGAAACUGAAGCAAGGCUGCUUCUGCUCCAAGAAAAGAAUCUGGAGACUGAUCACCGGAUACAUCCCCCUGAUCAAGUUUCUCCGCUACUACAAGCUGAAAGAGUUCGCUGUUAUUGACAUCUUCGCUGGGCUGUCUGUUGGAACUAUUCACAUCCCACAAGCGUUGGCUUUUGGACAACUGGCUUCUGCAAAGAUUGAAAACGGGUUGUUCUCGUCCCUUUGGCCAUCUUUGAUCUACGUUUUCUUUGGCACAUCCGCUCAUGUUUCCAUGGGAACCAGUGCCGUGAUUUGCCUGCUAACGGCUACAACAGUAGACAGAGAGAGCAAAGCUUGGGUUGCAGACAAACCCCUCGACGACGUCCCAGAGUACCUCGACUUCAAGGAGGAGAUAGCCAUGGGCCUAACACUCAUCAUUGGCAUCAUGCUGGUCAUCUUAGGCUUCCUGAAGCUGGGAUUUAUCACUUCCUAUCUGUCUGACUCUUUUUUCGCGGCCUAUACCUCAGCUGCAGCAGUCCACAUUGGCACCACCCAGCUGCCUGCCAUGCUUGGCAUCAAAGUCAACCGGUACCCGGGUAUGUUUAAAAUUAUCUUUACCUACAAAGACAUCUUUGAAAACAUCAUGAAACUGUUCAUUGUCAUUUUUGGCACAGUGGCGUCGUAUUUCGGGGACUUCCGGGACAAGUUUGGAAUUGCCGUGGUUGGUGAGAUUCCUUUAGGGAUACCAGUUCCAAAGGUCCCAGUAGAAGGUCUCAAGUACGCUUCCAACUACAUCGUUGAUUCAUUUGUCAUCGCAAUUUUAACCUUCGCCUACACGAUAGCCAUCGCCAAAAUUUGCGCCAAGAAGCACAACUAUGAAGUUGAUGACAGCCAGGAGAUGAUUUCAUACGGUCUGUGUAACUUAGGCAGCUCUUUCCUGAAAUGCAUCCCGUCCUGUGUUGCUCCACCCAGAUCCAUGGUUGCUAGCACCAUGAACGCUAAAACCACCAUCAAUGGUAUCUUCAGCUGCGCCCUCAUGCUGUUGGUAAUAAUGAUUGUAGCCGCUCUGUUCAGAGAGCUGCCUAGAGCUGUUCUGGCGGCCAUUAUUUUCAUUGCACUGAAGAACCUUUUCAUUCAGAUCAAAGACCUGUGGAGGUACUUCCAAAUUAACAAGUUUGAUUUCGUCAUCUGGUGUUUCACUUUCUUCUCUACCGUCUUUCUUGACAUCGACGUCGGGCUGGGAAUUGGCGUCGGCAUAUCUCUAGUCUGCGUGGUGCUUCAGACCCAGUUCGCCAAAGGUUACAAGCUCGGGUACACCAAGAAAGACACGACGCUUGUCGAGCAUAAAUAUUACAAGGACUCGUCGGAGAUUCCUGGGAUCAAAAUUUUCCGAUUUAAAUGUAACUUGUUUUACGCCAAUGCUGAAAUCUUCCGUACUUCACUCUACCGGAAAACUGUCAACCCCAGGAAGUUGUUAAAGGGCUUGCAGAAAAGAGAAAAAAGAUUAGAGAAAAUGAACGCUGAAAGGAUGGCGCAAGGACUCCCUCCUCAGGUAGACAACAAUUUUAUCAUGACCGGUCAGAUGGAAAAGACAGGAAACCAUGUUUCAACUCCUGAUCUAACAGCACUGCCGAAGCUCUCUAUUCUCAAGUCAGUGAAUCAAGACGUAAAACAGACCUCAAUAUCCACCCCAGACCUCACAAGCUCUGAUAGCGAGGCUGACACGCUCAACGACCUCACCGAUCCUUCUACAGACAAGCUGGAAGGGAAACGAGUUCGACUUCCAAGUAUGGAAAAGCCCGUGUUCAUUGUGCAGGGAGGUAAUCAGCAGAUGUUUGAUGGCGGGAAAACUCACACGACCGCAGCUGGCAACACAUUCAACCUCAGCAAACGACCGGUUGGUGGUAGCCUGAAGAGCCUCAAGAGCAGCGAGUCCGUUGUCUCCCUCUACUCUAUCAACUUUGACGAUUAUGAAGAAGAUCCAGACGAUGGGGAUGAAAUGUUUACGGAUGAGAAACUCCGACAGAUGCGUAAGAUUCACCACAUCGUUGUCGACUGCUCACCCAUCAACUACAUUGAUGCUUCAGGAACUAACGUGCUCACCCACAUCUUCUCCGAAUACACCCACGUCAGCAUCAAACUCUACCUGGCUGGCUGCUCCGCCGCCAUCAGAAAGACCAUGCGAUUGGCGGGAGUUUUCGACAAGAUUCCAGAGAGCCACUUCUUCGUUGACGUCCACGACGCUGUCAGCUAUGCAAGACCACAACGACCAGAACCCAUCCGACCAGAGAACAUCCGAGACUUCUCCGAAGAAGAAGCCAUUGAAAAUUCGCGUGCUGUUAACAUUUAA